AUGGUCACCCUAUUCAUCAAGGACAAGUACCUUGACGGCAUCGCUUUGCCGUUCGUACAGAUGGGACCAGUCGCAUCCCUCCCACUCUCCCUUUUGGGCCUUCUGGUCACCACCUUCUUCUUGCAAGGUGCCAAAGCUGCAAACUGUCCCAGACACUGGAUAAAGUAUGCUGACAGUUGCUUUGGACUAUUUCCUGAGAAGCUGACAUGGGCAGAGGCAGAGAUGAGCUGUCAGAGCCGUGGCAUCGGUGGCCAUCUUGCUUCAUUUACCUCCGAGUCAGAGCUGACUGUAGUGGCCAAAUACAUCCUUAACACUUUCCCAACUGUGGAAACCAUCUGGAUCGGGAUGGAGGACCCACAGAAGACCAGAAGGUGGAGAUGGAGUGACUCGAACCCAGUGACCUUCAUCCCUUGGAAUGCUGGGGAGCCCAACAAUAACAAAGGAAACGAAUACUGUGUCCAAAUAUCAGUCUCGCAAGGCUUCUUGAAAUUUAAUGAUGUGGACUGUAAAAUGGAAAGCACUUCCCUCUGCAAGUCUGUGCUGUAG